AUGGAGUUACGCGACAACUUCACCGACUUUACGCUGGCGUCGAACUACGUCAUGCAGCUGGCGAUCGACGAGUAUCAGGCCGAUCGCAACUGGACGCGAUUGAUCGAUCGAUACUGGAACCUGAUCGAGGAGCUGAUCGGAGACCCACGAGCAAAGGCCCUCCCCUUCAUGGACAACCCGCUGCCAACGCUGGGGAUGGUGCUGACCUAUCUCGUCUGGGUCGUCAUCAUCGGGCCGACGUACAUGCGGGACCGGAAACCGAUGCAGCUGACCAACACACUCUUCUACUACAACCUCGGCCAGGUGCUGCUGAGCGCCUACAUGUUCUACGAACAUUUGAUGGCCGGCUGGGCCCGAGGAUACAGCCUAACCUGCCAGCCGGUGGACUACAGUGACAACCAACUGUCACGCAGGAUGUUCAACCUCUGCUACAUCUACUACCUCUCGAAGCUGUCCGAGUUUGCGGAUACCGUCUUUUUCGUGCUGCGCAAGAAAAAGUCCCAAAUUUCCUACCUCCACCUCUACCACCAUUCGCUCACCCCGAUCGAGGCGUGGAUCUUGACAAAGUUCCUGGCAGGUGGCAAUACGACGCUCCCAAACAUCAUCAACAAUCUGGUGCACACGCUGAUGUACUUCUACUACAUGCUGUCGGCCAUGGGACCCCGCUACCAGAAGUACCUGUGGUGGAAGAAGUACAUGACCGAGAUCCAAAUAGCUCAGUUUGUUAUCUGCAUCGGGCACGCGAUCAACGCGCUGAUCAGCGACUGUUCCUAUCCCAAGUUCGUCACCUUCCUGCUGCUCUGCAAUGCCAGCAUAUUCUUCGUGCUGUUCAUGAACUUUUACGUGGACAACUACCGGCAGAAGGCGACGGCGACGGAACUGAUGGCCGGCACCGCAGCCACCGAGCCCCAGAAGGACUCACCGGCCCGCCCCAGCAGCAAUCCGCCGCAGCCGUUGUGUGCCCGAAGCUAG